CUUUUCCACCCAUUUUCAUUUUUUUAAAAAUUUUUAGGUAGCCUCGCAAUACCCCAGGCCGGCCCCUGUUUGAAACGAAUUUCCUCCUUUCCCUUGUUUCAGACCUGUUGUAGUCCACUGCUUAACUUACAAUUUUUGUAAAGAAGAGACAUGGCAACGGAAUCAUCAGAAUCAGAAGAAGAAGGAAAAAUCAGUGGAGGAAAUCAACAUUUAUUAGUAGAUGAUGACCUCAGAGAAAUGGGUAAGAAAGCUGCUUGGAGUGUUAGCUCCUGCAAGCCAGGCAAUGGCGUCUCCUCUCUUCGCGAUGAUAAUCUUGACACCUAUUGGCAAUCGGAUGGUGCACAGCCACAUUUGGUUAAUAUUCAAUUCCAGAAGAAAGUUAAAUUGCAAUUAGUUGUGAUUUAUGUGGAUUAUAAGCUUGAUGAGAGCUAUACACCUUGUAAGAUCUCUAUUCGAGCUGGUGAUGGUUUCCACAACUUGAAGGAGAUAAAAACUGUGGAACUUGUCAAGCCCUCUGGGUGGAUUUAUAUAUCUUUAUCUGGAAACGAUCCUAGGGAAACUUUUGUCAAUACUUUUAUGUUGCAAAUCGCAGUAUUGUCAAACCACCUUAAUGGGAGGGAUACUCAUGUCCGGCAAAUCAAAAUUUAUGGCCCUCGACUGAACCCUAUUCCUCAUCAGCCAUUUCACUUUACUUCAAGGGAGUUUAUUACCUAUUCUACAGUGAGAUGAGAAAUGUUGGACUUUUGUGGCAGAAAAUUCAAGUUAUUAGAUCAUGUUUCUGAUGUUAAAGAAGGGUCGAAUACAUGUAACUCUAUUAUUCCUUCAAACUUCUGAUAUUUUAUUUUGCCUCUUCUGUGUGUAUUUAUAUAAACCAUCAUUCUGUAAUCACUGUGACAAAUUUUCUAUAAAACUUAAAGUUAGAUUAUGAUAGCGAUAA